ACUUCGAACAUGUUACUUUUUGUUCUUCUAAUUUUCAUUGGUGGCGGUGAUGCCGUCGCCAGGUUUUACCUGUUGAAUCGGCAAUCGCCCAAUUCGAAGACGGAAAUCACUGAUGAGAAUGUGCAUUUGGUGAAGGCGAAUCUCAGCGUCAAAUUCAUUAUACACGGAUUUAAGGCGAGUUCCAAUAGUAGUUGGUACACGAAUAUGACGGACGCUUAUCUGCUGCGGUACGAUUGCAAUGUGAUCCAGGUGGAUUGGAAGGAAGAGGCGAAGCAAUUAUACCCGACCUCGGUGAAAAACACUAAGAUAAUCGGUAAAAGCGUUGCAGAGUUCAUCGUGAAGCUAAACAAGACUUUGGGUUUGGGCUUGGAGAAGGUGCACUUGGUGGGGCACUCUCUGGGAGGGCACGUGAGCGGCUUCGCCGGGAAGAACGUGCAGCAUUUGAUAGGCAAGAAGAUCGACAGGAUCAGCGGAUUGGAUCCGGCUGGACCGGGUUUCUUAACGAAGAGUGCGAAGCAUAGAUUGGCCGUCGGCGAUGCCAACUUCGUGGACGUCACCCAUACGGAUAGGUUGAUUCUCGGAUACCCAGCCCCGCUCGGAAAUGUCGAUUUCAUGCCCAACGGAGGCAUCAGGCCGCAGCCAGGAUGCACUCUUGUGACCGAGGAUUUUCAAUUUAAUCAAAACUUUUCAUUGUCUUGCAGCCACUCUCGCAGUGAACUCUACUUCAUACAGUCAAUCAAUGAUGAUGACCAAGUUGCCUACAGAUGCAACAAUUAUAUAAGGUACAAAAAAAACCUUUGUUCGAUGAACGAGAAGACCAUCUACGGAGAAGACGUGGACAGAAAUGCCACCGGCACGUUCUACUUCAGAACCACCGCUGACGCUCCGUACUUUACGCAAUCCCCGACCAGAACGACUAUUCAACCAAUCACAUUGACUUAAUGCACCAAAUCUCCUGUGCUCUUUCCCAAAAAUAUAAUGUAAAUCAAUAUUAAACUAUAAUAGAUAGAAUGAAUCCAAUAUAUGCAUA